CAUACCGCCCACCUCACGCGCCAUCUUCUAGCUAAUAAAAAGCUAGAAUUAAAAAAUUGUGAUAAACCUCAGUGCAGUUAAUCUCUGUCAGAAUACGCGGUCGCGUUAGCUAUACUGAACAAUGAGCGACAUUGAGGAUGGAAACUGUGAAGCACGGGGGUCACGUUCCCCAUCUAAAUCGGUUUGUGGGAGUCCAGCUCGGGUCAAGUCGGAGAGCAGGUCCGGCUCCCCGAGCCCAUCCCGGGCCUCCAAACGCUCUGAGUCCAGAUCCCGCUCUCGGUCAAAAUCUAGGUCUCGUUCUAGGCGGCACUCAAACCGCCGCUAUAGCCGUUCACGUUCUCGGUCCUAUUCCCACCAGAGGAAGUCUCGCUCUCGUUCCUACAGCCCCGAAUACCGUCGCAGGAGGAGCCAGAGCACUUCCCCCAUGUCGAACCGACGCCGCCACACUGGCAGCAGGAGCCAUGACUUCACAAAAGAAGCAUACAGUCAUGGCGGUGAUGCUGAUGUUAGGGCAAAUCCAGACCCCAGCACAUGUUUGGGGGUGUUUGGCUUGAGCCUGUACACCACAGAGCGUGACCUGAGGGAGGUGUUUUCACGCUACGGUCCUUUGGCUGGGGUCAAUGUGGUGUAUGACCAGCGCACGGGGCGCUCCCGUGGCUUUGCCUUUGUUUACUUCGAGAGACUCGAGGAUUCCAAAGAGGCCAUGGAGCGAGCCAACGGCAUGGAGCUGGACGGCAGGCGCAUCAGAGUGGAUUAUUCCAUUACCAAACGUCCCCAUACCCCCACACCGGGGAUCUACAUGGGCCGGCCAACUCACAAUGGUGGCGGCGGCGGUGGUGGCGGCAGCAGCAGGAGGGGGAGAGACUCAUACUAUGACCGCGGCUAUGACCGCUAUGACAGAUAUGACGAAUAUGACUAUAGAUACAGUCGCAGGCGCUCUCCAUCACCCUACUACAGUCGAUACAGGUCUCGCUCAAGGUCUCGCUCCUACAGCCCACGACGAUACUAAGUCGCUCCUUUCAAUGUUCAGCUUCCCUCCAAUAAUUGAUGGUGUGUGACUCAUCAAGGUGUUUUCAGAGGGGGAACAUUGUGAACUAGCAUGUGUAAAACAGCAGAACUCUAAAGUUCGAGAUAGUUCUUGUUUACAUGCAGUAGAUGUCUUAAUUUUUUUUAGACGUUUUUGAUGCAUCCAUGUUGAGUGUGAGCAAAGAACUCGGUGACUGUUGGUUACUGUUGCUUCAUUCUUAGACUUGCAUCCUUCCUUCCCUCUUCAUUUUCUGCAGCAAUGAUACCUUUUUUUUCCCCUAUCCAGUCAUAUUCAAUGAGAUUUAUUGCACUGAUCACUGUUAACAUCCUUGUCCUGAUGGGGAAUGAAAACUGGGUUUUAGUAAAUAAUGGUGACACUUAAUUUUACAACCUGUAUAAAAUGAUAUAAGAAUAAAGUCUGCACAUGUACAGUAAAGGUAACAAAUUUGAUUUACCUGUGUUACCAAGCACUGAAUUUACUGGUAAGUAGCAGGGAAAAAAGGGCUGUAAAAUAAAGCGUUACUGUUGCUAUCAGUGGUUGGUUCUCUGCUCACAUUCACUUUUGUUUGUUUUGGGGUUUUUUUUCUAAGUCAAGGAAAUCAUCAUUUAAGUUUCUCCAGAAAGUUUUAUGUAUUGCAUUUUUUUUUUUUAAAAAUGUUGUUUCUUUGUAUGGAAAUACAAAUAUAUGAAACCGAAAAACAAAGUUUGUAAGGUGUUUUUCUGACUUUAUGUGCAUGAAAUUGAAGUUGAGCUUUGGUUGUAUAGGUGGGAGUUAAUACUGUAAGUUGAGUGGGUGAGGUGGGAAAACAAGCUGGGAGAGUUUCACAGAACAAGACCGGCGCUAAGAUAUUGUUCAUGAUAAGUUUAUGUUCACACAAAUUUAAAGUAGUUGAUCUGGAGCCACUCUUUGAAACCGUAAUAGAUUCUCCAAAAGUUCUGUUUUUCUCUCAUUAAGGUUACACCAAUGGAAAAACGUGUAAAGAAGGACUUUUACCAAGCUUUUAUUGGGUGGCUUUCAUUGCAUAAGAUUCAAAGUUCACAUGUGAGCAAAAAAAGGGACUAUAUUUCAGGGUAUUCUGUUUCUACAGGGUUUAUUCAAAGGCAUUUCUCAGUGGACAUGUACAGUAACAACAACAAGAGCUUUUACUUUGCUCAAA